GCCUGGGGCUUGAACUCGAAAGACUGUCAUUCGAGCACGAGUCUCCCCAGAAUCCAGAUAUAUUUUAUAUUCUGCAGAGAUCAUGUUCAACGGAAUACCCACCCUGAUGAAAUGCCCUGCACGAUCGCCCUAUCUGUGCGGUCCCAGCGGGUUUAGUUUCGACAAUUGUUUGCGCAACAAAAGACUUAUGGAGAGUGGCCUUUCGGAGCCGGAUCGCAUUGCCACUGGCACCACCAUAGUGGGCAUCGUUUUCGAUGGCGGCGUGAUCAUUGGCGCCGAAUCCAGGGCGACCAGCGCCAACAUAAUACCCUCGAAUAGAAGCCGCAAAAUUUCCCAGCUGCAGACCAACAUUUUUGCCGGUGGUGCUGGAGUCGCUGGAGACACGACCGCCCUGAUGCAACUGAUGCGUGCGCAGCUGGAGCUGCACCGGAUGAACACUGGCUUCCGGAGGGUGCCUGUGCGCUGUGCCAACCAGAUGAUGCGGCAGCUGCUGUUCCGCUUCAACGGGAACAUGCAGGCGAACGUGGUCAUAGGCGGCGUGGACGCAAGCGGAGCCCACCUAUUCUGCACCCGGUUCGAUGGCACCACGGACUCAGCGCCAUUCACGUCACUCGGGUCCGGCGACCAGUCGGCCAUGUCCAUACUGGAGUCGCGGUGGUCGGAGGAUAUCUCCGAGGAGUCCGCCUGCGCCCUGGUGUGCGAUGCCGUGGCCGCGGGCACGAAGAACGACCUAAACUCCGGCGGAAUGGUCCGCCUCUGCAUCGUGCGCUGCGACUUCUCUGUGCAAUGGAAGGAGCAGCACCCCCUCAAGGACCCCCCGAGUCGCACCUACCGCCUGGCUAUCAAGCCGGGCUGCACCACCGUUCUGUCCACCAUCGUGCACCAGGUGGUUCCCUGGAGAGGCGCCCCGGCUGGGCCCGCGCCAGCAGGCAGCCAGGGUCCGGUGCCAGGGAGUAGCAGAGCCUCCAGAGAGGAGGAGGCCCGGCGCAGGCCCCACAGUCUGUCGCCCCCUGGGGCCAAAAGGUGGAAAGGAGACAGACAAUGUCCUUGACGAGGCUCUGGUUGGAGGACUCAUCCGGACGGUUCAGGGAUUUAGCAUUCCAAUAUCUGCACUUGAAAGGAGUUUGUACUUAGUUGGAUUACUUGGAGAAUACGUUGCUGCUAAAGUGGUUAAAUGUUAGGCAUUUUAUUCGUCCUCAUAAAUAACAAUAACAAUCCACAAAUUGGAUUGUUAAGUAAGCCAAGAACA